GCGAGGAAACCAAAUAAUCAAUAUAAAUUAAAACAAUCUGAAGGAAGAGAAGGCAGCAUUUGCGUUGCGUUGCAAGAACUCUGUGGUGGGUGCAGUAACUUCUUAGGACUCUGGGCGCCGCUGUUGGCCUACUAGGAGAGAAAUGCUGUCGGCUCUCAAACCCGCUUCUCAGGACUCUGACGACACAAAGCUCCGGGUUCGUACAGAUCGGCUCAGGGCUGCAGCAGAACUGAUCCUGGGGUUUAAGGGGCACGGGCAGCCACCGAAAGGAAAAGGAAGCGUUUGAAAUAUUGAACGCAUUAAAAGAAGAUUUGGUGAGGAUUCUGCCACCAAACAACAAUGGCCACUGAAAGGAAUCUCUCUGAACACAGCGCGCUGGUCCUUCUCUUCCUUUUCUUCUGGAUGCCGUGGGACUGCGGAGCUCGACAGAUCCGCUACUCCGUUCCUGAGGAGCUGGAGAAGGGCUCCUUCGUGGGGAAUAUCUCCAAGGACCUGGGGCUGGAGCCGCGGAUGCUGGCGGAGCGCGGAGUCCGCAUCGUCUCCCGAGGUAGGGCGCAGCUGUUCGCUCUGAACGCGCGCAGCGGCAGCUUGGUCACGGCGGGCAGGGUAGACCGCGAGGAGCUCUGCGCUCAGAGCGCGCGGUGCCUGCUGAAUAUUAACAUCCUGGAUGAGGAUAGAGUGAAACUUUUUGGAAUUGAAAUAGAGGUUAUUGAUAUCAAUGAUAAUGCCCCGAAAUUCCAAGCGGAGACCUUGGAAGUAAAAAUUAAUGAGAAUGUCGCUCCUGGGAUGCGCUUUCCUCUCCUGGAAGCUGUUGAUCCCGAUGUGGGAGUGAACUCCCUGCAGAGCUACCAGCUCAGCUCCAAUCAGCACUUUUCCCUGGCAGUUCAGAGUCGUGCCAAUGGUGCCAAGUACCCAGAGCUGGUACUGGAGCGAGCUCUAGAUCGAGAGGAAGAGGCCAUUCACCACCUGGUCCUCACCGCCUCCGACGGGGGUGACCCCGUCCGAUCUGGCACUGUCCUCAUCAGUGUGACAGUCUUCGAUACCAACGACAACGCACCUGUCUUCACUGUGCCUGAGUACCGAGUGAGUGUCCCCGAGAAUUUGCCUGUGGGCACUCAGCUGCUCACCGUGACUGCCACCGACAAGGACGAAGGAGCCAAUGGGGAAGUGACAUACUCAUUCCGAAGAUUAUCUGACACUCAGCUGUUGAAAUUCCAACUAAAUAGACAUACUGGGGAAAUAAAAAUAUCAGAAAAUCUAGAUUAUGAAGAAGCAGGCUUCUAUGAACUAGAAAUACAAGCAGAAGAUGGAGGAGCCUAUCUCGCCACUGCAAAGGUGCUAAUUACAUUGGAAGAUGUAAAUGACAACAGUCCAGAGGUGACCGUCACAUCUCUGUUCAGCCCAGUGGCCGAGGACUCUCCUCCUGGAACUGUCAUAGCCCUUUUGAAUGUGCAUGAUUUAGACUCUGGGCAGAACGGACUGGUGACCUGUUCAAUCCAAGAAAAUCUACCAUUUAAAUUAGAGAAGUCCAUCGAUAGUUACUACAGAUUGGUGACACACACCGCCCUGGACAGGGAACAGACAUCCUCCUACAACAUAACAGUGACAGCCAGAGACGGGGGAAGUCCACCUCUAUCAACAGAAACUCAUUUUACUCUGCAAGUGGCAGAUAUUAAUGAUAACCCGCCCAGCUUCUCUCGCACCUCCUACUUUACCUAUAUCCCAGAAAACAACCCCAGGGGCGCCUCCAUCUUCUCUGUGACAGCUUUGGAUCCAGACAGCAAAGAGAAUGCCCAAGUAAUUUACUCAAUCACUGAAGACACCAUCCAGGGGGCGCCCUUGUCUUCCUACAUCUCCAUCAACUCCGACAACGGCAUCCUGUACGCAUUGAGAUCUUUUGACUAUGAACAGUUCCGAGACCUGCAGCUCUGGGUGACAGCCAGUGACAGUGGGGACCCACCUCUCAGCAGCAAUGCCUCCCUCACCCUCUUUGUGCUGGACCAGAAUGAUAAUGCCCCUGAAAUCCUCUACCCCACCCUCCCCACUGAUGGAUCCACAGGCGUGGAGCUGGCACCACGCUCUGCAGAACCUGGCUAUCUGGUGACCAAGGUGGUGGCAGUGGACAGGGACUCUGGCCAGAAUGCCUGGCUGUCCUACCGGCUGCUCAAGGCCAGCGAGCCAGGGCUGUUCUCUGUGGGGCUGCACACGGGCGAGGUGCGCACAGCACGGGCCCUGCUGGACAGAGAUGCACUGAAGCAGAGCCUGGUGGUGGCCGUCCAGGACCACGGGCAGCCGCCUCUCUCGGCCACUGUCACGCUCACAGUGGCCGUGGCUGACAGCAUCCCCGCAGUGCUGGCUGACCUGGGCAGCCUCAAGCCUUCAGUGGAAGCUGAUGAGGCAGACCUGACUCUGUACCUGGUGGUGGCAGUGGCCACAGUGUCGUGUGUCUUCCUGGCCUUUGUGAUUGUGCUGCUGGCACUCAGGCUGAGGCGCUGGCACAAGUCGCGAUUGCUGCAGGCGUCAGGAGGAGGCGGGCUGUCGGGCGUGGCCGCGUCGCACUUGGUGGGCGUGGACGGGGUGCGUGCUUUCCUGCAGACCUAUUCUCAUGAGGUGUCCCUGACCGCGGACUCGCGGAGGAGCCACCUCAUCUUCCCUCAGCCCAACUAUGCAGACACGCUGCUCAGCCAGGAGAGCUGUGGGAAAAGCGAGCCUUUGUCUUUGCUAAAUGAGUCGAAGUGUCCUAUAGAAGAUGCUCCACUGGUUCCAGUGAGUUCAAUUUUUACUGUUACGGUAGAAUUUGAUGUUUAA